AUGCAUCUCACAAUCCUCUUCUUAGCCCUAAUCGUGGCUGUUACGGCAACCGCCCUACCCAACCAGCCUCAAGAUACGUCUUCCUCUUCCAACUCCUCGGAAUCCGAUGAGAAGCGCGAAGAACACAAGAAGCCACAGCAGAGGAAGUACUUCAAAGAAGCAGGAGCAACAAUGGAGCUCGGGCACUACGAUAAGCGGUAUUUCAAAUCGCAAGUACCGUACGCAGAGCACCGGCCGGCCCUACGACAUCUAGUCCGGUCAUGGCUAACCACCAGCCGCGAGCUCGGCGUCGAGACGUGGCUGGCGCACGGCACACUGCUCGGGUGGUGGUGGGGCGGGCGUGUGAUGCCGUGGGACUACGACCUAGACGUACAGAUGCCCACGACCACGCUCUCGUACCUAGGCCGGUAUUUCAACCAGACUUUGCACGAUUACGCUUUCAACGCGUGGAAAGAAGGAGAAGAUGGGCCUGAGUGGAUUAACAAGACGUAUUUACUCGAUGUGAACCCACAUGCUGGGGAUAUCGAUCGUGGGAACGGUGCGAAUAUCAUUGAUGCAAGAUGGAUCGAUACGAGUAACGGGCUGUACAUAGAUAUCACGGGGUUGGCGGAGCGGGAUCCGGCGGGGGCUCCGGGGAUCUGGAGUUGUAAGAACUCGCAUAAGUAUCGUAUUGGGGAGCUGUAUCCGAUACGCCGGACGGAAUUUGAGGGGGUGCCGGCGCGGGUGCCGUAUGCGUUUGAUAAGAUACUCACGGAUGAGUAUGGGGGAAAGUCUUUGACGAAUACGGAGUGGCUUGGCCAUCAUUGGGUUCCGGAGCUCAAGCAAUGGGUUAAGAAUCCCGACCCACCACCCGAGGAAAAGGGGCAAGCAACGCUCAAGAAGCCGCCGAAGCCGAACAACAACGCCGUCGUGGUAGUCGUGGAGAAAACGGUAGUGAAAGGGACUUCGUAG